AUGCGCAACUCCCUCGGCACGAUUCACGCGCCCGGCGCUACCGUCUGCUUCGGUCACAAGCGCCCAUCGACGAGUCUCCAAAUGCUGCUCCGACCCACGACCCAGCGAGCGUCCCUCCGUCUCCUCACCCACAGCAGCGCCCGCCCAUGCGUACCCGCUAGCCUCGCACCGCGCCACCACACCCGCACUCUUUUUGGCUGGUUCAAGAAACCGAAGCCCGCUGGGAAGUUUGCCAAGGAGAAGGCGCCCGUCCUCAGCCAGGACGACCUCUUCCACUCGUUCUCGCAGUCGCCCUUUCCCGCCAUCCGCGCGCGAGGAGAGGCCAUACAAAAGCUUGCGCCGUGUCCGGUGUGCGCCUCUGAGCACAGCGCAACUCACGCGCACAGCAAGGCUGCUCCCCGCGCGGUCAAGUUUGAGUGUCCGGACUGCGGGUGGCCGACGCACUGUUCCGAGGAGCACUGGCGGGAGGACGAGGAGCACAAGAAGUACUGCAGCCGAUUGCGGGAGGUCAAUGAGGACGAUCAUGAUCUGCGCAGUGGGCGGAGGCUCCGGGAGUUUGAGCUGCCUGGAGAGCAGGACUCCGAGGCGGCCAUUUCUUUUGCGAACUGGGAUGUCUUCUGGUACACCCGUGAAUUCCCUUCAAUGGACACUGAGCGUUCGCGGAGACAUGCCAGCAAGCUGCUGACAUACCCACUCACGAUUGGGUCGGUGCUUCAUCAGUUCAGUGGACUGACAUUGCGGAAUCAACGGCUAACGCCGGAGGGUAGUCGAUCUUUAGCAGCGCUGCGCACAACCCUGCAUGUCCCACCGGGCGCUCCUGAGACGGAAGAAGCGUCCGCAGACAAGCCUCAGAUGAGGAUAUUCGUGCUUGGUGCUCGAGCAGAGUCCUCGUUACCGCCGCAUGUCUGGGAACAAUUGUGCUUACUGUUCCCCUCGGCACAUUUCCACCUGUAUUUCAUCGGACCACAGGUGUCUCUACCCAGGCCAGCUGAGGACUUAAAAAAGCCAACACAGCAGCCUGCGAGCGAUUCGGCACAAUCUGCCACGGACAGCAAAGCAGACUCGGCACAAUCCGCUGCUACUGAUGCAUCAACCGAGCCCGCGCCCGCAACACCUAAAGUGGAGGAGGAAAGAGCGUUAAAGGCCUCCGACGAAAAACCCGUCUAUGUCCCCAAUAUCUACGAGCCCCCCACGCCUGCGCCGAUAGCACGUCUCAAGCGUACGCGCGAAUCCAUCCAGGAAUAUGGCAUUCCCUCGUACACGGUCCCUUACACCCCUCAGCUUACUAUUACGGGCAUGCAGGCGAACUAUAUUGACGUCCACAACCAUUUCCAGGAGACGUUCGACCCAUACACUGACUGCUUCUUCUUCUUCUCCCCUGGAUUCGGGUUCCCGUCGCCAAAUUCGGUGUCAGAGGCGACCGGGGAGCCGCUUCUGCAGAUUGCGUCCCCUACUGAAUGGGGCCCGGUGAUGCCGCUGCUGCUGGCGAGCAAGUGCCCGAUCUUCGUGACAGGGUUCUCCCCUGCGGAUGUGGAGCGCGAUGUGAAGUCACUCUCGACUGCACCCGAAGUGGCUGGGGAGUUCGACUGGGUGAUCACUCCCGGGCAGAACGCGUUUGGGAGCGAGAAGUGGGAGGUCGCGGACUUCGACCCGCGGGUGAUGGUGAAGACGAAUUGGGGAGUGUGGGGCAUCCGAGGGAAGAGGAGGGAUGUGAGGGAGAAGACUAGCUGGUUCUAG